AGUCUCUGACAUAAUGUAGAUCAAGAGAAUGGAAGACUGACCUUCUGGGUGACGACUCGGCGAAUGCACAGCUGCACAGUUACUGCAAGAAAAUGAAGAAGGCAGCAGUGAUGGUUUGGAUCAUCCUUUUGGUGCAAGUGUGUGAGGGUGCAGGAGGACAUUAUGCACGUAAACUUCUCAGUGACCUGAUGGAGGACUACUCCAACGCUCUGAGGCCUGUGGAGGACACCGACAAAGCGCUCAACGUCUCCCUCCAGAUCACACUCUCACAGAUUAAAGAUAUGGAUGAGAGAAACCAGGUGCUGACCACCUAUCUGUGGAUCAGACAGGUGUGGCACGAUGCCAACCUGAAGUGGAACAAGGAGGAUUACGAUGAUCUGGAGAUGAUCAACAUUCCCAGCGACUUGGUUUGGAAGCCAGACAUUGUCCUUUAUAACAAAGCAGAUGAAGAAUCAUCUGGUCCAUCCAACACCAAUGUGAAGCUGCGCUACAAUGGGGAGAUUGUCUGGGACUCUCCUGCCAUCACAAAGAGUACAUGUGUGGUGGAUGUUUCUUACUUUCCUUUUGACUGGCAGCAGUGCAACCUCACCUUUGGCUCCUGGACCUACAAUGGGAACCAGGUGGACAUCAGCUUGGGGAUGGACAGCGGCGACCUGUCUGACUUUGUGGAGAAUGUGGAGUGGGAGUGCCACGGCAUGCCGGCAGUGAGGAACGUCAUGAUGUACGGCUGCUGCUCUGAUCCUUACACCGAGGUCACCUACACCCUGCUCCUGAAGCGUCGCUCGUCCUUCUACAUCUUCAACCUGCUCCUGCCUUGUUUUCUCAUCUCGUUCCUGGCGCCACUGGGCUUCUACCUCCCUGCCGACUCGGGGGAGAAGGUGUCCCUGGGGGUGACUGUGUUGCUGGCCCUCACUGUGUUUCAACUGCUGGUUGCUGAGAGCAUGCCGCCUGCAGAGAGCAUGCCCUAUAUAGGAAAAUACUACAUCGCCACCAUGACAAUGAUCACAGCCUCAACAUCCCUCACCAUCUUCAUCAUGAACAUUCAUUUCUGUGGCGCUGAGGCCAAGCCGGUACCUCACUGGGCUAAAGUCCUCAUCAUAGACUACAUGUCCAAAAUCUUCUUUGUCUAUGAGGUGGGGGAGAACUGCACAACUUCAGAGUGUGAGAAGAGCCCCCUGUACCCCGACGAAACCAUGAGUGAUGCGACCUUCAACCCUGAAAACUGUGACAUCUACUACCGUGACACAGACGCAUACAAGCACACCAACGGUCACGGUGUCCAUCAUCCCAAAAAGCAGCACAAAAAUCAGGCAAAUGGCAACACCAGGCAUCACUAUCACAACAACCAUAAGAACCACACCUUUGGAGCCGGUCGGGCACAGGGGAACCGAGGGGCGGGUCAGCACUACCAGCAUUACAUCACAAGAGACGACCUGGACUACGAGGCUACUCCUCAUCCUCUGAAACUCCAGCACUUGAAUGGAGAACUGAAGGAGCAUCUCCUCGAUCCUGGGGAGACAAAACAUUUGACCCCAGCUUGCCCCUGCAGCUGCCCCUGCCUCCAACAUAAUCAGGUGGUGAAGAACAUCCAGUACAUGGCCAACUGCUUCCGAGAGCAGAGGGCAACUUGUGUCAAGGCGGCAGAGUGGAAGAAGAUUGCUAAAGUGAUGGAUCGAUUCUUCAUGUGGAUCUUUUUCAUCAUGGUGUUCCUCAUGAGUAUCCUCAUUAUUGCUAAGGCGUCAUGACAACCGCUUUUGUUCUAUUUUUUGGUCUAACACUAAUCCUCCAUUAUCUCUAGACACAUGAGUCACCUAAUUGCCAUCUUAGAGGUGGAAAGAAUUAGACCAGUUUACCUACAAAGGAAGGUGUUUCAUGUGUCAGUAUCGUACUGUGUGCCCAUUGUUCUUGUUGACAUUUUGUAUAAGACAAGGACUCGUCAUUGUUUAUGAACUGACAUUCAGCUACAGGCACCACCAUCACAGUGGAACACAGUGAAAAA